GUGCAGCCCACAGACUGCUUCUUUAAUCUUCUUUGGAGCCUGGUCCCUUAAUCACUUCUAAGGAGAGGAGGAUGACAUGCUAGGAGAUUAUGGGCCUUCUAGUGGAAGGAACAAUGCACAAGAAGUGGGACAGGAGAUUUAUUUCUACUGACUCCCUGAACCAGAAGGGACAUUUGGAUUAACACCCUGUGAGUGAAGGGUUUUGAUAGCAAACUUGGAAUAUCCUGACUCCUUAGUUCAUUGGGUCUCCCAAGCUGGCAUAUUUGUAUUUUAUUCAAGGAAAACUUACAAUGUGUUUCUAUUUUUAUUAUUGUGCAUUAAGUGAAAGUUUACAGAGCAAAUUUGUUUCCCUUUCCAUAGUUCGUACAUAAAGUGUCUGUUUUAAAUGUCUUACAAAUAAACUUAUUUAAAUAUCCUAAAACUAUAAGUACUAUUGUUUGCCCCAUUUUCAGAUGCAGAAACCAAAGCACAGGGAGGGGACUUGCCCAAAGUAACACAGCUAAGAGGCUUUUUCUUCUCCAAACUAAAUUUGGUAUGUUACACGAAAUCCAGAAAAAAGAAAAACCCAGAGUUUUCAUGCUUUCAACAACAAAGAAAAAAACCCACAAGGAUAUACCAUGAUGGAAAAAGUAACCGUUAUUUGUAAACAAAGAAAAAUAAAGAUAACCCUUUUCCCUAUCCAGUACACUUGGCUUUGCGCUUCCGUUCAAGAGUUGAAGGGAUUGGAAAAAAAAAAACAAAACUGGAAGUGGGGAGGAGUGUUGUCAAUGGAUUGAUGUGUGUCAGUAUCUAAUGACUGCUAUGUGCUGUAGAGAAAACCCACAAGUAACCGCAGGAAACUACAGAGCACAGCGAUCUACUAACUGGGAGAUUGUGGAGGGCCCAAUACAGAGCAAUCGUAAAACCCACAGCAACGAUGGAGACACUCUUCCCUCCCAAUUCCACUCCUGAUUUGAUGACGACGGGCCCUGCGCUCAGCCCUUGGUGCCAAGACUUUCUUUUUUUAUUUUUUUUUUUAUCGUGGUAACACUGCCUCUUCUUACGCUCAAAUCCGUCCGCUAAAACCCAGACGUGUUAGAUUCUAAACUUUUGGAGGCUCAGGGCCACUCUAGCCCGCCCCUUCUCUAUGGUUGCCUUUAUGGGCCGCUCUAGCCUGCGCAGCGGGGAGACCGUGGCUACCUCUCUAGGCUGCGGGAGGACCGAGAGGCUGCCUCGCUGGUGGCGUGGUCCAGCAUGGCGGCCGUGCGGAAGGUGCUGACUAUGGGCGUAGUGCUGGGGCUGGGAGUUGGCUUCGGUUCCGCGCUUUUUGUCCUCGUGACCCCGGGAGAGCAGAGGACACAGGAGAUGCUCAAGGAGAUGCCGGGGCAGGACGCGCAGCGCAGGGCCGAGGCAGUCAAGAGCAAGGAGCUUCUGCUGGCUACGCUGCAGGAGGCAGCGGCCACUCAGGAAAACGUGACCCGGAGGAAGAACUGGAUGCACGGCAGUGGCAGCAGUGGGAGGUCGGCAUGAGGCCAGACUUGCAGUACCUACCCUCGGGCGCAGGAGUCCGAGGCGGCCUUUUACCUCCGUGGACCCGGCGGGGACCCCGGACUCGGGAUGCCGCGCCCAGUCCUCUUCGGGGCCCCAGGAGCUGCCGCUGGGUGAGCACGUCCUCCUCAACCCCUGCACUGCCCUUUAACUUCCGCAUCGCGGUCAGGGAUGGAGGCCUGGAUUGGAUGUGGCCAAACGAAGCAACUAGUAAAUUACGUUCCCCCAUCUAGAGUGCGCUUUAUUGCUUGAAGCCUCCAGAUACCCAAGUAGCUGUGGGGAUCCUGUCUCUGUCUAGGGUGUUUAAGGCGCCGGCCUGCCCUGGCCCAUGUGUGAGGCGGAAGCCCAACAGCCGUUGUUGUCCUUAGGUGCCAUCCAGUUGGGACUCAUAGCAACCCCAUGUACUACAACAGGAGGAAACACUGCCCGGUCCUGUGCCAUCCUCACAAUCUGUUGCCAUGUUUGAACCCAUUGUUGCAACCACCAUGUCAAUCCAUCUCCUAAGGGUCUUCCUCUCUUUCACUCUCUACCAAGCAUGAUGUACUUCUCCAGGGACCAGUCCCUGCUGAUAACAUGUCCAAAGUAUGUGAGAGAAAUCUUGCCAAUCCUUGUUUCUAAAGAACAUUCUGGCUGUCCUUCCAAGACAGAUUUGUUCGUUCUUAUGGUAUAUUCAGUAUUCUUUGCCAACACCAUAAUUAAAAGGGAUGAAUUCUUUAGUCUUCCUUAUUCGUUGUCCAGCUUUUGCGUGCCUGUGAGGCAAUUGAAAAUACUAUGGCUUGGGUCAGGCACAUUUUAGUCUUCAAGGUGACAUCUUUGCCUUUGAAGGCUUUGAAGAGGUCUUUUGCAGAUUGGCUCAGUGCAAUGCGUUAUUUGAUUUCUUGACUCCUGCUUCCAUGGGCAUUGAUUGUGGAUCCAAGUAAAACGAAAUCCUUGACAAUUUCAACAGGAAUAACGAACCAUAUUUUCGAAACACUAUCAGGUCAUGUGGCCUAAAUUUGCACAAACUUCUGGGGAUAACCCACUGACAUUCUUGAAAUCAGAGCCAUCCUGAAAAAUCUUGUAGCCGGAGACAUAGAGAAGAUACUCUAGGCUCCUCCUGUCCUGUGAGGCUGCGGAGGGGCACCUAGCACUUACCAUGUGCCAUGAUGGAUUUAGAGAGGUUGACUAGCUAUUGGGGGGUAGUGAGGGGUAUAUAUAUAUGGGUAUAUAUAUAUGUGUAUAUAUAUAUAUAUAUUUUUUUUUUUUUGAGUCAGACAGAUCUUGGUUCAACUCCUGCAAGUUAUAAAACCUCUCCAAGCCUCAGUCCUGAUCUAUAAAAGGUGGUAGCUACGCCUUGGUGGUUGCUGUAAAAGUUAACUUAGAAAUACAAAGUGUAGUGCCUGGCACAGAUAGCACAAGCACUCAGUAAAUGUAGGUCCCCCCCCUCCUUAGGGUUUUCACUGUAAGAGUUUCCAAUCUCUGUGAAUCUACAGGAUCUGUUGGAGAUGCCACUGAGGGAUGAGAUAAAGUAGUGAGGUCCCAAGCCCUAUACCCAAGUCAAUGAAGCCACUCCUCUUUUGGUUAUUUUCUAUCCUAAGUAAGAAUUCAGUUGGAAAAAGGCUGCUUUUAUUAAAUAAACUGAGAACACUAAAUAAAGCUUGGUAGCUGAGCUCAGAGCCCUGGUAGCACAAUGGUUAAGAGCUCAGCUGCUAACCAAAAGGUCAGCAGUUAGAAUCCACCAGCUACUCCUUGGAAACCCUAGGAG